GCUCAACUGUUAGGAGUUAAGGCAUUUGGAGAAAACUUAUCUUCAAGAUUGCUGAUGAUAUUUUGAAAAUAGUUAAGAGCAUUGAUUUGCCUUCAUUUAACUCGAGUAACACGUUAGAAGUACAUGCCACAAUAAGCUUUUCAAUCAGUCAAGUCUCUCGUCUGAAUAAGGAUCAUCCCAGCUAUGCUUUUCGGCAUAUUCCUCGUAGUAGUCUUUGGGGCUGUGGCGCUCGUGCUGUUUCGUUCCUACGCAAGAUACAAGCUAAACUACUGGAACCGGCGAGGUGUCGAGCAAUUGCCAAACGCUGACCUAGUGUUUGGCCACAUCAAGGAUGGCGUGCUCUUCCGCACUGCCCCAGGAUGGCACAUGGGUGUACUCCACAACUCCACCAUCAAUAAGGAUGCACCUUUUGUUGGAUUUUACAUCUUCCACAAGCCAUGUCUGCUACUUCGUGAUCCCAACAUCAUUAAGGAUGUCAUGAUUCGAAGAUUCGAUAACUUCACAGAUCGCCAUUAUGCAGGUACCCAGCAGAUGGACAGUUUGGGUAUGACCAAUCUAUUCGGUCUCAAGAAUCCAACCUGGAAAUACCUGAGAUCUAAGAUCACUCCCACACUCAGUGGCAACAAACUAAGGCAAAUGCUGCCUCUGUUGAUGCAGACAGCCAAGACUAUGAUGAACUAUCUAAAGGAGCAAACCAAUAAGUCAAACGAACAGGCAGUGAUUGAUGCCCAGGAAUUAAGUUAUAAGUACACCACUGAUGCCACUGCCAAUAUCGCUCUUGGUAUCACAGUUGACUCGUUCCAUGAUCCUAAUGAGUACACCAAAUUCGAAUAUGACUUCUUUCACGGAUUUAAACGGAUGGUUGCUUUGGUCAACCUAUUUUUCAUGCCAGAAAUAGCUACAAUAAUCGGACCUCGUCUUUUGUUGAGCAAAUCCUUAGUAAGGACAAUACUGCGGAAAAGUCUUAAAAAUCGCGAAGAAACUGAUAAUAAAAGAGGUGACUUUAUCGAUAUACUUAUUGAACUGAAGAACGGCGAACAAAAUCCUAUUUACAAAAUUGAGGGUGACAAUUUAGUAAAUCUAACAGGUACUUACAUUUCUGGCUUCGAAUCAAGCUCUAAUUCCGUCUCUUUUACACUUAUGGAGCUGGCAGAAAAUCCUGAGUAUCAAGACAAGGCACGUGAGGACAUAGAACGUGCAAUCAAGGAGCACGGCUUGACCUACAGUGGAUUUAACGACAUGAAAUACUUAGAUCAGUGUAUAUACGAAUCUGCUAGACUGCACCCGCCUGUACCAACUGUUGAUCGCCUAACCAAAGAAGACUACGAGGUUAGCCACUUAUUUAUGAUGAGUUUUCAAAAAAUAUCAGGUGCCAAUACAAAAAUCAAUUUAUCUCUAUGCUAUCAAUACCAUGUUGCAUGA